AUUUAAUCAUCUUAAGUAUUUACCAAAUAUUCGUGAUCAAAUCUUUCCUCAAGAAGAAAAAAAACAAUAUAAUGAUGAUCAAGUUUUUGUGUUAGAUAAUUGUGUAGAAGAACUGUGGCACCCAGCAACAAAUUAUCAAAUUAAGGAAGGAAAAAGAAGUGAUGAAAAGUGGGAUCGUGAAAUUACAUAUUUACAUCAGUUUUAUCAAUCAAAUAAUCAAUUUCAGACAGAUAAAUAUGAAUUAGAAAUUCAAAAUCAUAACGGAUCUUAUGAAUUGGAUACAUUUUAUGGAUAUGUACUUUACUAUUUGGUUCACGAAUAUGCUGAGACAAAACAUAUGUUAGCAUAUGUACAUAAUGCUCAACAUGUAACUAAUCAAUUAUAUGGUUUAAAGACAUUUACUGGAUUUGGUGUAAAAGAGUUUAUUUCUGUAUCAACGAUUAGAAAAUGUUGUUAUCCUUUAUCAGAAUUGAAUCAAAUAAUCAAUGGAAUCGAAUCAAUAACACAUUAUUGGAUAGCAAAAGAUCCCGAUGUUGGUAUUACUCGUGCAACUGUGCUUUUAAAUUAUGACG